CCUUUUCUAAUAAGUUGAGGGGUUAUAAAAUGGCCCCGUCCAUGGAACGAAGUUUGAAGGUCGUAUUCUCGUGUUGUUAGCACUUAUUUUCAUAGAAUUGUGGCUUUGAAUUAGUAAAUAUGUCGGAGAAACUGAAAGAAGACGAUUCAAGUUUAGUGUCGCCUGAUUUGUCCCAGUCAGAAGUCAAAGAUGAUAACUCCAAGCCUGUUCAUAAAUUUAGGCCGAUGGAGCAGGUCGUGUCUGAAGCGAUUGUCCCCGACUCAAACGACCCUACAAGCACAACAAUGGCUGGGCCUAAGCCAGAUCUCGGUGGUAGUUUCAAAAUGCCAAUUUUUAAAGGUCCGAUUCGAAAGACAUCAAAGGUAAAAAACUUUAAAACCCCGUCAGAGAAAUCGCCUGCUGAUUCAACAAAAUCACCAACAGUGUCAGUGCCAGUGCCACCAGAAAAAAGGAAUGAAAAUGAAAGAGAUUCUGAUGAGAAAUUAAAGAAGACUAAAAGGUCUCCAGCAGAAAUUCUAGCCACUCCCCCUCCUCCAUAUCGUGAGCCUGCGUGGAGUGGCAUUCCUGAAGAUGAGUACUAUCUUGAGGUUCUGAAGGGUGGAACAAUCUGUGCGAAAAUUGGACUGAAUGAUCAUCCUUUUCAUUUAUUUGGUAGGCUGGAAACCAAUCACGUCCAGCUAGAUCAUCCGUCUCUGUCACGCUACCAUGCAGUGCUGCAGUAUCGAUCUGUUGGCGACAAUAAUCAUGACCCUGGGUUUUAUUUGUAUGACUUGGGUAGCACUCACGGAACAACGUUAAACAAAAAUAAGAUAGAGCCCAAGGUUUACUGUAGGGUACAAGCCGGGCACAUGUUUAAACUCGCUGGUAGCACCCGGUUGUAUAUACUACAGGGAGGAAAAUCAGAUGCAGAAUUUCAAAAUAUGCGCAAUGAUCUAUCUGUUGAGCAAUUGAAAGAUAUGCAACUGAGACAGAUGGAAGCGAAGGAAAUUCUCAGGAUGAAAGAAGAAGAAGGGAAAAUAGAAAAAGUUUCAGAAGAUUCUGACACCGGAAUCUCAUGGGGAAUGGCUGAAGAUGCAGAUGCAGAGUCUGAUCUAUCCCACAAUCCAUUUGCAUUGGAUGCAGAUGACGAUAAAGAAGCUCCUUACCUAAAGGAUCCGAAGAAGGCGCUACGAGGGUUUUUCGAAAGAGAGGGGAAUGAGCUUGAAUACAAGGUUGAAGAAAUGGGAAUUGGUAGAAGUCAUCAGUACAUAUGCAAAGUUCUGCUUCCCCUGGAUGAUCCUAGUGGAAACCCUAUUGUAGCGGAGGCUGCUGUGUCUGGUAAAAAGAAGGAAGCUGUGUUAGCUUGUGCACUAGAAGCUUGCAAGAUCCUAGACCGGCAUGGAGUACUAAGGCAGGCUAAACAUGAAAGUAAAAAGAGGAAGAACAAAAACUGGGCUGAAGAUGAUUACUAUGACAGUGACGAUGAUACAUUCUUAGACCGAACUGGAGAAAUAGAAAAGAAAAGAUUAAAACGAAUGCAGAAAGCAGGAGCAGAAAAACAGGAGCUGUUAACUUACGAUAAACUGUUGCUACAGCUCCAAGAUGUUGAAAAAGAGAUGAAAAAAGCUGAGGAGAACUUGGCAAUUAUGGCUCAAGGUAAAAUGGAGCAUAUGCCUGAGGAUUCAUUAGACGCUUUCAUGGACUCCAUUAAAUGUGGCUUUAAAGAUAGAAACCAACGUGCUAAGCUAAAACUAAGACUUGUGGAUCUCCGAAAGGAAGAAAUGAAAUUAAAGAAGCUAAUAAACAUCGCAAAACCUGCUAAAAUGCCUGAAAUAAAAAGCUCAUUCGCAGGUGAUGGUAUUAGCAGUGAAACCAAACCUAAGAUGCAAGCCAUGAUCGGAAAGAUGCAUGGAGCAAAGAAAUUUAGGUUUGCACCAUUGGUAACCAAGGUUCCCACUGUUACGGUGUCAUCACCAAUGGAACAAGAAGAAGAGGAGGAGGAUGAAGAGGAAUAUGGUGGAGAAAAAAAUGUAAAUAAGAUGGAAGUCGAGGAAGCAGAAUGCCAACCAGAUUCUAACCAAUCGCGGAGCCAAUCACGGAGCAAAAGUGAUGAUGACCCAGCUAACAUUCAUACCUCAGAAAGUUUCAACUAUUCCACACAAUCUGAAAAUCAUGAAGUCUUGUCAAGCUUGCCAUCACAUUUAACAAAGGGCUCUUCAAGUGGCACUGAACUGUCAAAGUUAUCUACUAAAGGACCCUCACUACCACCAAUUAAAGGACCAGUUUUUCGUCCCAGAGUUUCUGCAGCAUCGUUACCUAAGGGACCAUUUUUGCCUUCAGGCUAUAAUGAUGAGGUAGAAGAAGAGGAUGAAGAUGAGGAGGAAGAAAGAAAACCAAUGUUGUACACAAAAAAGACUAAGGUGACAGAAGAAGCUACAGACGAAGAUAUUAGUGACUGGGUUCCACCCAAAGGUCAAACAGGGGAUGGCAGGACAAGCUUAAAUGACAAGUUUGGAUAUUAAUUCUUCGCAAGCAACAGUUUAUAGUAAAACAAAUUUGCAGAAGUAAUAGAGGGAUUUAGCGAUGACUCUUUACAGGCUGUCACGUGACCUAACUUGGGUGUACAUGAAAAACAUUACAGUGCGAUAGCAUAGGAAAAGGUAAAGUUAUGGUUGCCAAAACAAUUACCCACUGUUAACGUGAGAAGUAAAUGGCUAGGAAAGGCAAUACGAUUGUCCAAAAUAGUGUUUAUUUACUUAUCCUAGCGUUCUCCUUGGAUUGUAUCCUUUGAAAUUUAAGUAAUCCUUCAUAAACCUUAGCUGGCCCUAACAUCGCAGCAGAGUUCGCGGGUUGAAGACCAUCAUGCAUACCUAACCAUGCCAUAGACAUGCAGGGGCCUAGGCCUAACAUUUGUCAAAAAAUCUCAAUGUUUGCGGACAGUAUCCUUUAUAGCAUUAGCAAAACAUUAAGGCGAAAUUCUUAAGUUUAAUUUCCAAUCACUUUGGUAUAGUUUACUGGGAAUUCUGAUGAUCUUUACAGCAAUAAACAAGGGACGGCCGCGAUAAAAAUCCUUGUUUCUCACUCAAUGGUCAGUAGGGCGCUUUCAAUUGCACGAUGACAGGACGUAGAACGUAACAACGUCACUAAAAGUCAUCUACGCAUGCGAGAACGUUAAGGUCACCUCGUCGAGUAGAUUCUGGAACACAAUUUGGCCAAAUCUUUGUAUGCAGAGAACGUAGGUGGUCACACAUGAGUGAUUCCAUUCUAGUGUCACAUCGUCGCACAAAUCGAAAGCUUCCUAAUAUAAUUUUAUAUCAGAUGAUCAAGACAAAUGACAUGAAAUGUCAUCAUGUGCAAAGUCACAAGAGGUUCUCAUAAUAAAAAGCAGUAGCGAAUUGAUAUAUCUUUAAUUAUAAUCUUUUAUGAUUACUAUCAUUUUCUUUGACUGUAUAUUACACUACUGUACAUUUUUUUGUAAUAAAAUUGCUAUGAAAUCACGAAUAUUAA